AUGUCUACUACUGUCUUAGUUUCUGGUGCCAGUGGAUUUAUCGCCCAACAUGUUGUCAAGGCUUUACUUGAUAAAAACUAUAACGUUGUUGGAACUGUAAGAUCUGCUGCCAAAGGUGAUAACUUGGUUGAAUUGUUUGCGGAUAAAAAGUUUUCCUACGAAAUUGUUGCUGAUAUCGGUGCUGAAGGUGCCUUUGACCAAGCAUUAAAAAAUCAUCCAGAAGUUACUGUUUUCUUACACACAGCUUCUCCAUUCCACUUUCAGGUCACUGAUAUUGAAAAAGAGUUAUUAUUGCCUGCUAUUAACGGUACUAAGAAUGCCUUAUCCUCUAUUAAGAAAUACGGUCCACAAGUCACAAAUGUUGUGGUUACGUCAUCUUACGCUGCUAUGUUCACUUUCAGCAGAGAGGGAGAUAACACUUUGGUGAAUUCCGAGGAAUCCUGGAACCCAGUUACUUGGGAAGAGAGUCUUGCAAAUCCAUUGAUUGGGUAUUGUGCUUCUAAGGCUUUUGCUGAAAAGGCCGCUUGGGAAUUCCUUGAAAAGGAAAAGCCUAACUUCAAGUUAACUACUGUUAACCCAUCAUAUGUCUUUGGUCCUCAAGCCUUUGCCUCUUCAAUUGGGGAUCUGAUUAACACUUCUUCCGAAAUCCUUUAUUCUUUCUUGAAAUUGAAGGCCGGUGACGAUGUUCCAGAACAUAUGGGUAAGUUUGCUGAUGUUAGAGACGUGGCUGAUGCUCAUUUGGUUGCCUUUGAAAAGCCUGAAGCCGCUGGUCAAAGGUUAUUGUUGAGCAGUGAAUCAUUUGUCACACAAUCAAUCUUGAACAUUUUGAACGAAGAGUUUCCUUCUCUCCGUGGAAAGAUCCCAGUUGGUGCUCCAGAAACCGUUGAGGAACAAUUGGUUUCAAGUUCCAAGAUUGAUAACGAAAAGACCAGAGACUUGAUAGGUAAGCCCUUAAUCGGCCUUAGAGAAUCUGUCGUAGACUCUAUUGAGCAAAUUCUUUCUGUUAAGAAGAACCUUCAUGAUUAA